CGAACUGGGUGAGUUUGUAAAGCCGGGUGACGUCACGCUCGCCUCCUCCUUCUCCUCGUCGUCGUCUUCCCCCCUAAAGCCGAGUCCGUGAAACUAACUCCGGAGCUAGGGAAUGGCAGGAGCCGCGGCUGGGCAUGGGGAGUCGUGAGCGCGGAGCGAGGAUUUCAGGAUAUUUUGCUGCGUUUCGGAGACGCCUCUAGUAGAAAAGUUGUGCGAAUGGACGCCGGGAUGUUGUUGUUGGUGUUGCUGGCGGGGCUGGCCCCUGCGUUGGGUUCCCUUCGGACUCACUUCUCUGCAGGAGACUGUACUUUUGAUGAUGGGCCUGGCCCCUGUGAUUAUCAUCAAGACCUUUAUGAUGAUUUUGAUUGGGAGCAUAUCAGUGUGCAGGAGCACCAUUAUUUGCCCUCAGAUAUGCCAAAAGGCUCCUAUAUGAUAGUAGACUCGUCUAAGCAUGACCCUGGAGAAAAAGCCCGGCUACAGCUACCCACCAUGAAAGAAAAUGAUACACAUUGCAUUGACUUCAGCUACUUACUUUAUACCCAGAAGCGGGAUAGCCCAGGGACACUAAAUAUUUUUGUCCGGGUGAACAAAGGACCUCUUGCAAAUCCUAUCUGGAAUGUGACUGGUUCAACAGGCAAAGACUGGCUGAGGGCAGAGCUGGCUGUUAGCACCUUUUGGCCUAAUGAAUAUCAGGUAAUCUUUGAAGCUGAAGCCUCUGGUGGAAGGGGAGGAUACAUCGCAAUUGAUGACAUCCAAGUUCUAAGCUAUCCUUGUGAUAAAUCCCCUCACUUCCUGAGGCUUGGGGAUGUUGAGGUUAAUGCUGGUCAGAAUGCCACGUUUCAGUGUAUUGCUACUGGGAGAGAUGCUGUGAACAACAAACUAUGGCUUCAGCGACGCAAUGGAGAAGAUAUUCCUGUGACCCAGACUAAAAACAUCAACCAUAGAAGGUUUGCAGCUUCAUUUAGGUUACGGGAGGUUACAAAAGCAGACGAGGACCUCUACAGAUGUGUAACACAGUCCGAGAGAGGAUCCGGUGUCUCUAAUUUUGCGCAGCUUAUUGUCCGGGAGCCACCAAGGCCUAUUGCACCACCACAACUUCUUGGGGUUGGCCCAACAUACUUGCUUAUUCAGCUGAAUGCGAAUUCCAUAAUAGGUGAUGGUCCAAUAAUCUUGAAGGAGGUGGAAUACAGAAUGACGUCAGGAACAUGGACUGAGACUCAUGCAGUGAAUGCACCAACCUAUAAGCUUUGGCAUUUGGAUCCAGACACCGAGUAUGAGAUUCGUGUUCUUCUAACAAGGCCAGGAGAAGGUGGUACAGGCCAACCAGGCCCCCCUCUCAUUACAAGGACCAAGUGUGCAGAGCCUAUGAGAACACCUAAAACUUUGAAGAUUGCUGAAACACGAUCCAGGCGUAUUGCAGUUGAUUGGGAGUCACUUGGAUACAACAUUACUCGCUGCCACACGUUCAAUGUUACCAUUUGUUAUCACUACUACCGGGGACAUGGCAUGAACAAAGCAGAAUGCCUUGAUAUGGACCCCAAGGCUCCCCAGCACAUAGUGGACAAUCUCCCACCUUACACAAAUGUAAGCUUGAAGAUGAUCCUAACUAACCCUGAGGGAAGAAAGGAAAGUGAGGAGACCAUCAUUCAGACUGAUGAAGAUGUCCCUGGGCCUGUCCCCUUUAGUUCAUUAAAAGGCUCUCCGUUUGAAGACAAGAUAUUUCUUAACUGGAAAGAACCAUUGGAGCCAAAUGGUGUCAUCACUCUAUAUGAGGUGAAAUACAACAGUAUCAGGUCUUUUGACCCAGCAGUUCCUGUGGCUGGGCCUCCUCAAACGGUUACCAAAUUGUGGAAUAGCACCCACCACACUUUCUCUCAGCUGCACCCAGGAACUACAUACCAGUUCCAUAUAAGAGCUAGUACUGUGAAAGGAUUUGGCCCAGCAACUGCAGUCAAUGUUACCACCAACAUCUCAGCACCUACAUUACCAGACUAUGAAGGUGUGGAUGCAUCACUUAAUGAAACUGCUACCACUAUCACUGUUCUGCUAAGACCUGCACAAGCAAAAGGUGCUCCAAUCAGUGCCUACCAGAUUGUUGUGGAGGAAAUGCAUAACCAAAGGACAAAGCGAGAGACUGGGGGAAUUGAAUGCUAUCGGGUUCCUGUUGCUUACAACAGUGCAGGUGCUGUGAGCGCUCCUUAUUACUUUGCUGCAGAGCUUCCUCCGUCCAACCUUCCUGAAGCAGCCCCAUUUACUGUGGGUGACAACAGGACAUAUCAGGGAUUUUGGAAUCCACCCCUGGUUCCCCGGAAAGGAUAUAACAUCUACUUUCAGGCAGUAAGCAGUGUUGAAAAGGAAUCCAAAACUCAGUGCGUACGAAUAGCUACCAAAAUUGCUGUAACAGAAGAACCAGAGGUAAUUCCAGACCCAGCCAAGCAGACAGAUCGUGUGGUGAAAAUAGCUGGCAUAAGUGCAGGGAUACUGGUAUUCAUCCUACUUCUACUAGUUGUCAUUUUAGUUGUCAAAAAAAGGUAUAUUACAUGGAGAAGGAACUUCUGCAUUAGAAGCCUUAGGAGGAGCUACUAUUCUUACUCCUACUACCUCAAAUUGGCCAAGAAACGGAAGGAUGCCAUGGGAAACACCCGCCAAGAGAUGACUCACAUGGUGAAUGCUAUGGAUAGAAGUUAUGCUGACCAAAGUACUCUGCAUGCUGAAGAUCCUCUGUCUAUCACCUACAUGGACUCCCACAAUUUCAGCCCAAGAUUGCCCAAUGAUCCACUUGUGCCGACUGCUGUGUUAGUGCCGAUCACUGAUGAAAAUCACACAGCAGCUGCAGAAAACAACCGUCUUCUAGAUGUUCCACGUUACCUAUGUGAGGGGACUGAAUCUCCUUACCAAACAGGACAACUUCAUCCUGCUAUCAGAGUUGCAGACUUACUACAACAUAUCAAUCUGAUGAAGACCUCUGACAGCUAUGGAUUCAAGGAAGAGUAUGAAAGUUUCUUUGAGGGCCAAUCUGCUUCGUGGGAUGUUGCUAAAAAAGAUCAAAACAGGACAAAGAACCGUUACGGAAAUAUUAUUGCAUACGAUCACUCCAGAGUUAUUUUGCAGCCAGUGGAAGACGACCCUUCUUCAGAUUAUAUAAAUGCAAAUUACAUAGAUGGAUACCAGCGGCCAAGUCACUACAUUGCCACUCAAGGUCCAGUUCAUGAAACCGUGUAUGAUUUUUGGAGGAUGAUAUGGCAGGAACAGUCUGCCUGUGUGGUUAUGGUUACAAACCUUGUUGAAGUAGGCAGGGUAAAAUGUUACAAAUACUGGCCUGAUGACACUGAAGUUUAUGGUGACUUUAAAGUAACUUGUGUGGAAAUGGAACCACUGGCUGAGUAUGUAAUACGGACUUUUACACUGGAAAGGAGAGGGUACAAUGAGAUCCGUGAAGUCAAACAAUUCCACUUUACUGGCUGGCCAGACCACGGUGUUCCUUAUCAUGCCACAGGUCUUUUGUCAUUUAUCCGUCGAGUCAAGUUGUCAAAUCCUCCAAGUGCUGGUCCUAUUGUGGUUCACUGCAGUGCUGGCGCAGGCCGAACCGGAUGUUACAUUGUCAUUGACAUCAUGCUGGACAUGGCAGAAAGAGAAGGAGUUGUUGAUAUCUAUAACUGUGUGAAAGCUUUACGCUCACGUCGUAUAAAUAUGGUCCAGACUGAGGAACAGUAUAUCUUUAUUCAUGACGCCAUUCUAGAAGCCUGCUUAUGUGGCGAGACUGCCAUUCCAGUGUGCGAAUUUAAAGCUGCGUAUUUUGACAUGAUUCGAAUAGAUUCCCAGACCAACUCGUCGCAUCUCAAAGAUGAAUUCCAGGUAUUAGCAACCCUGAAUUCCGUGACCCCUCGGCUGCAAGCAGAAGACUGCAGCAUAGCCUGCUUGCCAAGAAACCACGACAAAAACCGCUUCAUGGACUUACUGCCACCCGACAGAUGCUUGCCCUUCUUAAUUACCAUCGAUGGGGAAAGCAGCAAUUACAUCAAUGCAGCACUAGUGGAUAGUUACAGACAGCCAGCUGCCUUUAUUGUCACACAGCAUCCAUUGCCAAACACUGUGAAAGAUUUCUGGAGAUUAGUAUAUGACUAUGGCUGCACAUCUCUAGUAACGCUUAGUGAAGUGGAUCUGACUCAGGGGUGUCCUCAGUAUUGGCCCGAAGAAGGCAUGCUGAGGUACGGCCCAAUCCAGGUGGAGUGUAUGUCAUGUUCAAUGGACUGUGAUGUGAUCAGCAGAAUAUUUAGGAUAUGCAACCUGACCAGGCCUCAGGAAGGAUAUCUGAUGGUGCAGCAGUUCCAGUACUUAGGAUGGGCUUCUCACAGGGAGGUGCCGGGCUCCAAAAGAUCUUUCCUCAAAUUGAUUCUCCAGGUUGAGAAAUGGCAAGAGGAAUGCGAUGAAGGGGAGGGCCGUACAAUUAUUCACUGCCUAAAUGGAGGAGGAAGAUGUGGAGUGUUUUGUGCCAUCAGUAUUGUUUGUGAAAUGAUCAAAAGGCAGAAUGUGGUGGAUGUUUUCCAUGCGGUAAAAACACUACGAAACAGCAAGCCGAACAUCGUGGAGACUCCUGAACAGUAUCGUUUCUGCUAUGACGUUGCCCUGGAAUACCUGGAAUCGUCGUAGCUGGAAGUGCCAAUUGCCAUUUUUCCCCUCAAACACUGCUGAUUGCUUCAGUCACUCCAAAUGUGAAAAGGGUGAUUUUUACACGGGACCUUCUAUGUUUUAAAGAAAACUCUGCAAAACUGAAAAAAAAACAAAAAUAUUUUUCUUAUGAAUUUCUGUAUCUUCAUAAAUGGAACCAAGUUGUUUGUAUAAUAGUACACAGUAUUGAUGGAUUUCCUGCCACGUGAUCAUGCAAUACAGAAAGAGAGCUGGGAAAGUUUUGCCGUGUAGGAAGGAUUUGUAUACUCAGACUUCACAGAAGACGUCGCUGAAGCCAGUUUGUUGCAUGUAUCUAUAUUUACGAUGUGGCAAUUUCUUUUCUUUUUUUUUAAAUAAAAUUUGUUUAAAAUGCUGAACACAGAGUGCAGAUUGCUAGCAUAUGGAUUUCCUAUACAUUUCAAUGUCAUAAAUCUGUACCUAGCUUGUUUUUUUUUUUUUUGUUUUUUUUUUAACAUUGAUUGCUGGUUCAUAUCAUAUAUUCUUUUCUGACAAUUCCAGACAUAAGCCAAAGACUUAAUUGUAAAUAUGUCAAUAUGGAGAAAGCACACUCUGUAUUUAUUGCUUAUUUACAUUCCUUCUCUUCGGUGGUUAAAGAAACAAUCAUUUUCCAGAAGAAAGCAUUGCUAAAUGUGACGGCAGUUUAUUUUUGUAUGUAAUGAUUGUAAGUACGGGACACUAAUUUCCUGCAUUAACCCAAGUUUUUUCUUGUACUCCAUACUUGUAAACACCAUUCUUGUGAAAUCAUUUGGUUCUGGGCCGUCCCCAAUCACAGGACCAAAGUGAUGUGCCGUUUUUCUUUUCAGACAUGUGGUAACCUCCAAUCAGAUAUUUCAUAAUGGAACAUUCAUGCUUACAACAUACACAGUUGCUCACAGAGUCCUUCAUGGCCAAUAAGGUGGGGUCUCUGAUAUAUCACUGUGAUUUGUCAUGAGACUCCGUUUUGGUCAGCACAUUGUAACAAAAUGUCUAUCUUGAUGUUUACAGACGUGUAUGCUCUCGGGCACUCUGCAAAGCAAACUCUAAUAAAUGAAUACCAGAUUCCAA